GUUAAACCACUGUGCAGGAUCCUCCCAGCCCUGUCGUCCUCCUGACAGAUCCUUAGAUCCAGGUGCCCCUCCAGUCACCAUGAGGCUCCUCAUCUCACUUCCUGUCCUGAUUGUGGUUGUGGCCAUGGCUUUGGAAGGCCCACCCCCUGCCCAGGCGGCCCCCGACUUGGCCAGCACAUUCGAGAGUUUACCAGAUAAACUGAAGGCGUUUGGGAGCGCUUUGGAAGACAAGGCUAGGGCAGCCAUUGAACAUAUCAAAGAGAAGGAAAUUUUGACCAAGACACGGGCCUGGUUUUCAGAGGUAUUCGGCAAAGCGAAGGAUAAAUUAAAAGCCACGUUUGCCUAGAUGCCCAGAAGGCUACCUCCCCGUGAGGACACCCACGACCUGCCAGGCCCCUCCUCACCGCACAAUAAUUAAAAACCUAUGGAGAACAA